AUGUAUGGAGUGUGGAAAAAGCUUCAGUCAGAGUGGACACCUCAACAUACAUCAACGGACUCACACAGGGGAAAACCAUUUAAAUGUAUGGAGUGCGGAAAAAGCUUUAGUGAUAAUGGAAAGCUUAGAACACAUCAACGGACCCACACAGGGGAGAAACCAUUUAAAUGUAUGGUGUGCGGAAAGAGCUUCAGUGUCAGUGGAAACCUUAGAAAACAUCAAAGGAUUCACACGGGGGAGAAGCCAUAUAAAUGUAUGGAGUGUGGAAAGAGCUUCAGUCAGAAUGGACAACUCAAUAUACAUCAACGGACUCACACAGGGGAGAAACCAUAUAAAUGCAUGGAGUGCGGAAAGAGCUUCAGUUUCAGUGGAAACCUUAGAAUACAUCAACGGACUCAUUCAGGGGAGAAACCAUAUGAAUGUAUGGAGUGCGGAAAGAGCUUUACUGAUCAUGGAAACCUUAGAAAACAUCAACGGACUCAUUCUGGGGAGAAACCAUAUAAAUGUAUGGAGUGCAGAAAGAGCUUCAGUCGGAAUGGAGUACUUAAAUUACACCAGCGGAUUCACACAGGGAGAAACCAUAUAAAUGCAUGGAGUGUGGAAAGAGCUUCAGUCAGAGUGGACACCUCAGUAUACAUCAACGGACUCACACAGGGGUGAAACCAUUUGAAUGCCUGGAUUGUGGAAAGUGCUUCAGUCAGAAUGGAGACCUUAAAUUACACCAGCGGAUUCACACAGGGGAGAAACCAUAUAAAUGUAUGGAGUGUGGAAACGGUUUUAGUGAUAAUGGAAGCCUUAGAAAACAUCAACGAAUUCACACAGGGGAGAAACCCUAUAAAUGUAUGGAGUGCGGAAAGAGCUUUCAUGAUAACGGAAACCUUAGAACACAUCAACGGACUCACACAGGGGCGAAACCCUAUAAAUGUAUGGAGUGUGGAAAGAGCUUCAGUCAGAAUGGACACCUCAAUAUACAUCAACGGACUCACACAGGGGAGAAACCAUAUAAAUGCAUGGAGUGCGGAAAGAGCUUUCAUGAUAACCGAAACCUUAGAACACAUCAACGGACUCACACAGGGGCGAAACCAUAUAAAUGUAUGGAGUGUGGAAAGAGCUUCAGUCAGAAUGGACACCUCAAUAUACAUCAACGGACUCACACAGGGGAGAAACCAUAUAAAUGCAUGGAGUGCGGAAAGAGCUUUCAUCAUAACGGAAACCUUAGAACACAUCAACGGACUCAUACAGGGGAGAAACCAUAUAAAUGCAUGGAGUGCGGAAUGAGCUUCAGUCAGAGUGGAAAACUUAGAAAACAUCAGCAGACACACAGGGGAGAAACUGCUUAA